GAAAACCGAUAUAACCUCAACGCCGGCUGCCUGCCCUGUCCACCGUGCUAUAACCUCAUUCAAAAGCGAGUUCACGAAUUGCGCGACAAAUUGGCUAAUUUGUUUGGUGGUGAUGGUCCCGAUGCCUCCGGCGACCAAUCAGAGCUUAACGAGCGCGUUGCAGCCCUAAACAAAACAGUCCAACAUAUGUACAAGGAGGCCUUGGAUAACAGCGGUGGUAAGCGGCAGAGAACCCAUUUUAUUUGCGUUUACUUGGAUACUCUCGAAACCGGCAGUUCAACGUUUGAAACUAUUGCGGCAACCCAGGAAUGA